UGUUAAAUUUCAAUGGAAUCUUAGGACUUGAAAUUCAAACAUAGAGCAAAAGGAAAAAAGGAUCACGAGGUGGUCGCCUGGCCUUGCGCAAAUCAAAGGCAAUACGACGUUACUUGGAUUGGUUACAAAAGGCUGGAAGAGGAGAUCAGUACUACUACACUUUUUGUAAAGUUGCCAUUGGAUGAUUGAAAUUGAACUUCGUCUCCUUAUCAUCUGAGAUUUAUGCAGCUUUUGUAAAAUGAAUAUUUAAGGCGUAGGGCCGGGGGCCUAAGUGCAGCCCAAGGUAGGAGGAUGAGACACGAAGCCACUACGUAUGCAGGCAACACGAAACUCCAUCAAUCCAUUGAAACCCACGCCACGUGGCAUCAAUCCAAGAGAAUCAAAGAUCUCCAUCCAACGGUCCUUAUCUCCAGGAACAACUGGUUGAAACAGCAGGACAGGAGGCUUUUUGAUUCACUCUGUCGUCUAAAACAGCUAAGAAGAAGAAAAACAGAGGGUGAGAGAGAGAUCAUGGCGAUUACAGCAUUGUAUUUGACUAUUGUGCCGCACGCGCUUGCGGUUGCCGCUGCUGUUAUCGUAUUGGUUUGGUGCAUACACUUCAGAGGCGGAUUAGCUUGGGAUUCUUCAAACAAAAAUCAUAUCUUUAAUCUCCAUCCUGUAUUGAUGUUGAUUGGCUUCAUCAUCUUGGGAGGUGAAGCCAUUAUGAGCUACAAGUCAUUGCCUCUGAGUAAGGAUGUGAAGAAGUUGAUGCAUCUUGUGCUCCAUGCCAUUGCACUAAUUCUGGGCAUUAUUGGUAUCUAUACGGCAUUCAAGUACCAUAAUGAGAGCUCAAUAGUCAAUCUCUACAGCUUGCAUUCUUGGCUUGGGAUGGGAAUCAUUGUCCUUUAUGGCAUUCAGUGGAUAUAUGGCUUUCUCGUCUUCUUCUACCCUGAAGGAUCAGCCGGGUUAAGAAGCGAAUCGCUUCCUUGGCACGUACUGCUGGGACUGUUUGUAUACAUCUUGGCCGUUGGCAACGCCUCCCUUGGGUUCCUGGAGAAGCUUACAUUCCUUGAGAACUCAGGCCUUGCUAGACAUGGUGCUGAGGCAUACCUUGUAAACUUCACAGCCGUUGUCACAAUAUUAUAUGGAGCCUUCGUAAUAUUUACAGUUUUCGCCAAGGCUCCUUCCGAAGAUGACAACAGCUAUUCGGCUAUAUAAUUUGAUGUUAUAUCCGUAUCUAUGUAUUGAUGAAUGGAUAUAUCUAUUGUUUGUAUUUCUAGACAUAAAUUUGUGAUCAAUAAUAGUGGCAAUUCAAUAGACCAUUAUUAUGAUUUA